AUGGCGAAGUCGAUGAGAGGUGCAGCAGCGGCUAAGCUUGUCCAAGACGCUACUUCUGCUCCGGGCGUCUUCGUGUUUGCUGAAUUGCUGGACCUGCCCAAUAUACUAGAGCUGGGCAAGAGCGAGCAACAUGGGAAGUUCCUGAGUCUAUUACAGCUAUUCGCAUACAAAACGUACCAGGACUAUCUUCAACACAAGGACGAGCUUCCACCUCUGAAUCAAGCCCAAAUCAUCAAACUGAAACACCUUUCAAUCGUGUCAAUGGCAACAGAGAAACGGAUUCUGCCUUACUCUGAACUUCUCAAAGCCCUAGACAUGCCAACCGUACGAGAACUCGAAGAUUUGAUCAUCGAUGCCAUCUACCUUGACAUUCUGCGGGGGAAGCUGGACCAGAAGGAAGGUCAGCUUGAAGUGGAAUACACGAUGGGCAGAGAUCUCGAGCCAGGCAAGCUAGAAUCUGUUUUGGCUGCCCUGCGGGAUUGGGCUUCGGCAACAUCUUCCGUGCUUUCCACUCUUGAUAGCAAGAUUGUGCAGAUAUCUUCUGAGACAGCCGCAGCAAAGAAGCGCCAAGACGAGUACGAGCUAGCGUUACAGAGCAACCUUAAAGAAGUGUCGGAGAAGAAUGCAUCCACCAAAGGUAGCAGCAGCAGCAGCAGACGCACGCUGUUAGAAAGUAAUAUGAGGAUGGAUGUGGAUGCGCCACCUUAUGAGCCAACAGAGACCAAGGGAAAGAACCGCAAAGCGCCACAGGAGAUUCCCAAGCCUCUGAGGAAACGGAAUCGCUUUUGA